GCGCCCUUUAUGUCAUAGCCAGUGCCGUCCGUGGGUUUUCCUGAACAGAAACAAAAGCUGGAGCUUUUUGGUUCCGCUUAAUAGACGAUGUCUUGUUACGGACAGAAGGCCACAGACGAGUUGCUCCGAGAGUUUUUACGCACACGGUCGUCUGCCAAGACUAGGAUGAUGAAGAACUGGGGUGUGAUUGGAGGCAUUGCAGCUGCUAUGGCAGUGGGGGUGUACGUGCUGUGGGGUCCGAGCACAGACAGGAAGAAGAGGAGGAGAGGCAUGGUCCCGGGUUUGGUGAACCUGGGAAAUACAUGCUUCCUGAAUGCACUGCUGCAGGGUCUGGCCACAUGUCCUUCUCUAAUCAGCUGGCUCCAGGACUUUACCACCCACAACCUCUCCCAUCACUCCAGCACAGACACGCAGACAGAUGUGCAGACGGGUACAUCACUAGAUACACGGAUUUCCAAAACACUCUUGAAGCUGCUUACAGCUCUGUCCAGUCCUAAUCCCGCAGAGGACGAUGUUUUGGAUGCAGGAUGUCUGUUAGAAGCUCUUCGUCUGUACAGAUGGCACAUCAGCUCCUUUGAGGAACAGGAUGCUCACGAGCUUUUCCAUGUCCUCACGUCGUCUCUGGAGGAGGAGCGCGAGCGACAGCCCAGAGUCACUCACCUGUUUGACAUGGAGACACUGGAGAAAUCAGCAGAAACAAGCAAAAGCCCUGUUAGCUGUUGGAGUCGAGGGCCUCUGCAUCCAAUUCCCAACCGGUGGAGGACACAGCACCCAUUCCACGGACGCCUGACUAGCUACAUGGCAUGCAAACGCUGCGAGCGACAGAGUCCAGUGCGUUACGAUUCAUUCGACAGCCUCUCACUGUCCAUUCCUGCUGUUCAGUGGGGUCGGCUGGUUACCCUGGAUCACUGUCUUCAGCAUUUCAUCUCCUCAGAGACAAUUAAAGAGGUGGAGUGUGAGAACUGCACAAAGAAACAAGCAGAGUCUGAGGACAGUCAGGUCCUGGAGAGCCAAAGGACGACCUUCGUAAAGCAGCUUAAGCUUGGGAAACUCCCCCAGUGUUUGUGUAUUCACCUGCAAAGACUCACCUGGUCUCCAGAGGGAGCUCCCAUUAAGCGACAAGAACACGUUCAGUUCUCAGAGUACCUUAGCAUGGACCGCUAUAAGCACAUCAGCGCUGCACAAACACUACAGGUGCACAGCAUGGCCAAAACAACCACAACAGAGCAACCAAACAAUCAAACCGUUGCCAAUGGAGUCGACCCAGAGCACCAUAACAACAACAAUCCUCUAUCAAACGGCAGCAUCUCCUCUGUGUUUCUCUGUCCUGCAUCGCUCAACUUCGCACACGACUUCAGCUCUUCAGAGUACCUGUACCGGCUGAUGGCGGUGCUUGUGCAUCACGGCGAUACACACUCCGGUCACUUCGUCACGUACCGGCGGAGUCCGGCAUCGUUCAGCAGCCCACAGUGGCUGUGGCUUUCAGACGAGUCAGUGCGCAAGGCCAGCCUGCAGGAAGUCCUCUCCUCCAGCGCGUACCUUCUGUUCUAUGAGCGAGUGCACAAGUGAACCAGGACAGAAGAUCUGGGCUGCAGGUCUACAGAGAACUGAGUGUUAAUAUUAGAGCAAGCAUAUAGCUGAUCCAUACAACAGAGCUCUACCUGAAACUCUGAGAGUGUGGGCUGGAUAAAGCAGAGUUUACAAAAUGCUCCGGGUACUAACAGAGCACACGGUGAGGUCAUGAUGAUCUUCACACUCCUGCUUAUUGAGUACAAAAAUAAGGUUCUUCAGAUAUUGGAGGGUUGCUCUAGGUGAAGCAGUCAGUACACCUGCUUAGUCAUGCAGUUAUCCAAACAGCCAAUAGCACAGAUACACUUCAAGAGUUUGAAGUGUAAUUGUAAUAAUUAUGGUUGUAAUGAGUGAUUAUUAUUUCUUAGCAGUCCUGUCAACUCAAAUCAGUUUAAAGAUUGUUAAGAGUGAAAAAUCCAGUUUCUGAAAUGCUCCAACCAGCCCAACAAUGCCAAAGACACUGAGAUCACAUUUUCCCUCUGUUCUAAUGUUGAACAUUAACUGAAGAUCUCAACCUGUAUUUGAAAGAUUAUUUUUGCUGUUGCGUUGCAAUGAUUGGAUUGGAUGAAAACGGGAUUUAAGCUGAAGAAUGCCUCCGUGAAUUAAACCAAUUUCCUUGGGAACACCCCCCCCCCCGCCGCCCCCCAAAGGGAAAAAAAAAAAAAAGUACCCCAAAGACCAAUUCUGUUCCCCGAACAUUUAACAGGAUACAGGAUUGUGGCAUUUCCACUGCAGUGUUCUUUGGUUUAAGGGUUCUAGCUUCCUAAAGCUAAAGCAUUUCUACUUAACCCUUUUGGCUAAAAGGAGAAAGAAAAAAAAACUUAAGUGGGGGGGAAAACCCCACAUUUUUUAAUGUAUUGUUUGUUUAUGUUGGGUCCCAUUUCAUGGGUUCUGCCUCAUGUGUAAGUCUCAUCUGCCAAUCUGGGUGUGAUGAAGGUGUUGUAUAUCGAUACAAGUACAUGCAGGAGAAAUGUUUUUAAACUUUUCAUUACACACUCAUUGAAAAAAAGCACUGUACUCCUGGGUUUGGACGGGUUAAUAUUUGUAUAAUUCUUAAUGGGUUCUGCUUGGAAAUGAUUGUGAAACUACGAUUAUUAGCUGCUAAUGAAUUUGUGUGUGUGUACACACAUCAUCUCAAAUGUCAUUUUUUAUGGCCUGUUAUUUAUUCAGCCACAUCUUAACGAUCUGCAGUUACUCUUUGUUGCUGUGAUUCAGCUGCAGUCUGUUAAUCAUGCCCCAUGUAGCUAAACUCUUGGUGGUCUUCCAGUCCAGAUGCACCUUUGAUUAGACAAGAGGAAGCAAUGGUUGCUGAAUUGUAUCUAAUAUUUAAGCUUUUUAGAGCUUUACAAGUGUCGACUGUUUAAAAAAAAACAAAAACACCAAAGGCAUGUUUUCUGUAACUGAUCUGUCCACUGUUUCGGUUUAUGUAGAAAAGGCUCAAUGCCAAGCUCACACACACACACGUAGUAUUGUUCCAAAAAACAUAUGCUAAUUGUAUGCUAAAGAAUUUGCACGGAAGAUGGUAUUUUGACCUUCUCAUAUUAUAUGAUUGUAAUGGUUAAAGUUUUUUAAACUGUUUUUCUCAAUUGUAAAAGAUAUUCAAUAAAUUUCUGCAACUGUAAA